GCACAAAAAGAAAUCCGGUCAGCCAUUAGCCUUUAGCCGGCUCUACGCCUCUACCGAUUCAAAAUUUUGGCCUUUCCCGUCUUUCCCGUCUCUCAACGGACUAAAGAUAUCACAAUUCACAAGCAACGACGGACGAGCGUAUGGAUGCAUGGAGCCAUGGAGGAUUUGAGCGAUAACCUAGUCCCUGGUCGACCGACCCCAUCUCUGGUUUGCAAUAGAGUUCCUCCACUGCGGGAUUGAGAGCGAAGGUAAGGGGCAGAACAUCAUCUUUCACCUUAUCCGUCCUUCAUCUUCGGGAUCUUGUUUCUUUCUCGACCAUUGCUCACUCUAUAGAGUAAGUUGCAUCAUCAAUGACGAAACGGGAUUCCCCUGAUUUGGAUAAGAGAAAUUGGAGGAAUCUAUACAAUGCCAUGGAGUGCAUGGUGCGAACGCAGCAUGCGCAGUUGGAUUACCUUCUUCAAGAACGAAAAAUUCUUCAAGACAGAAUCGUAUUAGAAAAUGAACGAUGGGUUUCUGACGUUAAACUAUUGCAAGGUGAAAUUGAUCAGAUGAGGGACGAGUUGACAGCUCAAAAGGUGGGGAGUGUGGCUGAGGCUGCAGAAUGGGAAGUGAUUUUAGGAAUAAAAGAGCUCGAUAUUUUUUUGCUUAAAGAUAAAUGUGAAAAAACUUCUUGUGAGUUGAAGGAUCUCAGAAAAUGUAUUGAAAUCCAGUCUUCUAAAAUCUCCAGGGACAAAGGUGUUUCUGACAAAAUGAUUGACGGGGUGAAGAACAGUUCAUCAGAGAGCGAACUAAGGAGGCAGUCUCAUGAAAGCCGUCAGCUUUUAGCUAAGAAAGACAUCGAGAUCUCAAAGCUAGUGGCUGAAAAGAGUUUUGUCUGGAACCAAUAUAACAAACUUGAAAAUGAUACACGUGAUCAGUUGAAACAAAAAUGUAUUGAGCUUGAUAUAGCGAACAAGAAGAUGGAGUCACUUGUGAAAAAGAUCGAGGAAUUGGGAACGUCCAACUUAGAUUUGAGGAAUCAAAUUUCAAAAAUGGAAGGUGUAUGUGUUAAGCAAAAUGGUGAGAUAUCCAGGCUUUCUAGUGAACUACAAUCAUUGAAGAAGAACAAUAAUGACCAUGCAACGCCUAAGCUGAAACCUUGCUCAACUAGAUCAGGGCCUUCGAUGAUAGAGAGCACUGGGAUGAAUGGGAAGAGUGUGAUACCUAGAACUGUUGCAGUGAAGAAUCCACCAGCCCCUGUGAAGAGAACUGGGAACUCAAAGAGGAAUGUAAUGGAUAACACCUCAGAACUCAAAUGCUAUGCAACUAGGUCCAUGACCUUGAGAAGUAGGACCACCAAUGGAAUGAGUGGGAAGGGUGAAAUAGCUAUGACCGUUUCAGUGAAGAGCUCACCUAAAAGUGGGAAUUUGAAGAGGAAGGUAAUGGAUGACACCACAGAACUCAAGAGCUACUCAACUAGGUCCAGGACCUUGAGAAGUAGGACCACUGACAGAAUGAAUGGGAAGGGUGCAAUAGAUAUGACUGUUUUAGUGAAUAGCUCACCUGGAAAGGCACAUGGGAACUUGAAAAGGAAGAAAAUGGAUGACACCCCAGCUAUGAUAGGUUCAUUGAAGAACUCACCAUCCUUUGUGAAGAGAAAUGAGAAGUUGAAGAAGAUGCGAGCUGAUGACGCCGGAGCUAUGACUGGUUCAUUAAAUAACUCACUAGCCUAUGUGAAGAAAAGUGGGAACUCGAAGAGGAAGCUAAUGGAUGACACCACAGAACUCAAAAGCUACUCAACUAGGUCCAGGACCUUGAGAAGUAGGACCACUGACAGAAUGAAUGGGAAGGGUGCAAUAGAUAUGACUGUUUUAGUGAAUAGCUCACCUGGGAAGGGACAUGGGAACUUUAAGAGGAAGCAAAUGGACGACACCCCAGCUAUGAUAGGUUCAUUGAAGAACUCACCAUCCUUUGUGAAGAGAAAUGAGAACUUGAAGAAGAUGCGAACUGAUGGCGCCAGAGCUACGACUGGCUCAUUAAAUAACUCACUAGCCUAUAUGAAGAAAAAUGAGAACUCGAGGAAGCAAAUGGUUGAUACCACUGGUUCAUUGGGAAAAAACACAGCCCCUGUGAAGAGAAAUGGACACUCAAGAAAGCGAAUGGAUGAUACUCCUCCACCUAUGACUGUUCUAACAAUUCCAUUGAAAACAUCACCAGCGUCAGUCAAGAGAAAUGGGAACUUGAAGAGCAACCAAAUGGAUGACUCCCCAAGACUGUUCACAUCUUCUUUCCAAAUACCUAAGUUGAAGAUCUCUUCACCUCAGGUUGGAUAACAAGUUCACAUUAUCAGUUUUGCUUCUGUAUCAGUAUGAAAAACUGUAGAAAUUUUGGGGCAUGCAUCUCUGUGCCUUACAUAGCUUUAGCUUUUGUGUGGUUGGAUUAUAGAUUCAGAACAGAGUAUAGUACACACUGCAUUAUGGAAAUGAUAUUCUCUUUAAUGGCAUAUCUUCUGUGCACACUUCUAUUAUAUGCACACACACUGUUAUACACUUAUACAGGUGAGUGCUUUCUAUGUAUGACAAGAUCAAACUUGAACAGAUUAGAUUUAGACUUUUUGUCUAAAUGAAAGCAUCUUUAAUUUUCUUUUAAAAA